UAUUAUCCCUUUCCGAUAAAUUCCCGAAGUGCUACAUAACCCAGCAACCAAGGAUGGCUUCGGCAGGACCAGCAGUGGACAUGGAGCUGAAAAAGGCUUUCCAAGAUCUGCAGUCCAAAAUGAUACAGACCACUCAACAGCUGAAAAUGUCCGACAUGCAGGUUGAACAGCUCAAGCGACAAAUUCAGCACUCUAAACUAGUAGAACAAGAAUUAAAAACAUUACCAGAAGGUGUAAACACUUAUGAAGGAGUUGGAAGAAUGUUUAUCUGUCAACCAGUGGAAACUAUUAAGUCAAAUCUUGGAGAGAAAGUAAAAAAUGCAGAAGCAAAAAUUAAAACCAUUGAGACUAACAAACAGUAUCUGGAAAGAAGUAUAAAAGAAAGUGAAGACAAUCUAAGGGAAUUAGUUUUGUCAAAAACUGGAAGACAUUAACCUUUGCAUGUGUUAAAGGCACAUUUCUGCUUUGCUGUUUUAUAUAGACUAUAUUAUGUAUGCAACAUAAAAUAAAGGAAUGUAUAAUCGUUAAGUGUGCAUGUAUAAUAAAUGUAUGUUUGUAAAGUACUAUUGUGUCACUACCUAUGUGUCACUACUUGGCUUUAAAUAGAUUUAGAAUAGUGAAAUAAAAGAAUAAGAAAAAAGACAAUAGCUAAUAAGGAUGAUGAUAUGGUGGAUAUUUUCUUCCAUUUGUUAAAAAGAAUUGUUGGGUUACGUCUCUAAUAAAAGUCAUUCAUUUAUGAUGUGUAACAUGUUUGAUGUAUUAGGAAUGCUGACAUUAAAACUUUGUUUAUAAGUGUUUAUAUUGUAACCAUCUGGUUAAUCACCUAUUAGACUUGGAUUAAAUCAUCUUCAUUCUUGAUCCUUUAAUCUGAACACAAUUCAAGCAUGUGAGGAUCGCCUUUGUGCAUGCCUGUGCAGUAAAAUUCUUAGAGCUUACAGAGUACAGUAGUUGUUAGAUCUUGACAUUUAAAAAAAAUGUCACUGAAUAAAAUCCCACGGUAUGGCAGAAAUAA